GGAGGGGACGGGCCGGGAGCGGGGCCAUGAACGGCUCGGCGAACUCGCUGCUGGACAAGGACGAGCACCCGCUGCAGCUGGGCGAGAGCUUCGAGCGCCGGCCCAAGGCCUCCUUCCACACCAUCCGCUAUGAUUUUAAGCCAGCUUCAAUUGAUACAUCUUGUGAGGGGGACCUCCAAGUGGGUAAAGGAGAUGACGUAACAAUCACUUUGCCACAUAUUCCAGGUUCAACUCCACCAAUGACUGUGUUUAAAGGAAAUAAAAGGCCAUAUCAAAAGGACUGUGUGCUUAUUAUCAAUCAUGACACUGGGGAAUAUAUGCUGGAAAAACUUAGUAGCAGCAUUCAAGUCAAGAAAACAAGAGCAGAGGGCAGCAGUAAGAUCCAAGCCCGAAUAGAACAACAGUCUGCCCGAGCAUCUCAACCUCCUUCACAGUUCAGAGCCCCAACCAAGCCAGCAGUUGGACCUAAAACUUCUCCUUUGAAAGAUAACCCUUCACCUGAACCUCAGCUGGAUGACAUUAAGAGAGAGCUGAGAGCAGAGGUUGAAAUUAUUGAGCAGAUGAGCAGCAGCAGUGGAAGCAGCUCAUCGGAUUCAGAAAGCUCAUCUGGGAGUGAAGAUGAAAGCUCCAGCAGUGAGGGGGAAGAGCCAGCACAUGUUUCCCCUUCCCAGCCACCACACCAGCAGUAUAACAACAGGAAUGCUGUUGCUAACGGCACCAGCAGGCCACAAGGAAGCAAUCAGCUCAUGAACACACUCCGAAAUGACUUGCAGUUGAGUGAGUCUGGGAGCGACAGUGAUGACUAGAGGCUCAGCUUUAGCUGUUUCUGUUACAUAUACAUGAAGAACUAAUUUACCUUGAAGUGAUCCUAUUGCUUAUGAAGAGGAGCUGGCACAGAGAUCAUUCCAUGUGUGGAAUUUUAACAGAAGAAAUGUAUAGCCCUACAAAACAGCAGACGUUGAGGGCUGUUACUUUGUGAAUUAAGUGUAUAUUUUGUGUAUAUUCUUACCCUUUUAAAGCUCUAAAUAGAUAUGUACAGUGGGUAAGUCAAUAUAUGAUCCUGUCAGUCAUCUGUAAGUUUAAUGUGUAACUGUACAAUGUCAUCUAAAAAUGUCUUGUUUGUAGAAGAUAUGCAGCCCAUCAGGGCUUUGCGGGGGAACAAUUUUGUAUAUAGGGUGAGCAUGAGCCAACGAGUUUAAAAAAACAUGCAGGAGUUAGUGUGUGCACUGAAGUGAGACUGUCAUAAAUUAGGUUUCAAUACUAAGUUGAUUUCUUUGAUUUGGGACUUUUCUAAUGUCUUUUUAUUGCUAUUUAUGGUUGAUUUAAUGGACUUGCUUUUAAACUGUUGGAAAACAGAAAUCAUAAAACCAUGUUCAUCACAAACCUUGCUACACCAGUGCCUUAUAAGCAGGUUUUUUAAAUAAUGCUUCAAUUCCUGCCACCUUUCCUAUAGGGAGCAAUACUGAAGCCUCCUCAGAUUUCUUCUGCAAACAAAAGCUGUAUUUCAUAUACAGCCAACUGUACUCUGAGGGCAGUUCUACCAAGAUAUAUGUCAGUCACCUGAACACAUCCCAGUAAGAACCAGAUCAGUAUUUUCUUCUGCAACUGAAGUGUCUCCUUUAACUCAGACAUUCAGACCUAGUCUUCCAAAAUAUUUAGGAGCCCAAUUACCAGUGAAAUUGCAACAUCACAAAUACAGAGUAUUGGACUUACUGAAAUUGUAAGACCAGAGCCCUCUUUGCAGUUUCCUAGAGAAUGCUGAAAGAAGAGAUGACUAAACAAAUAACCAUGAAACAGCAGAAGUCUCUCUCCCACUACUGUUGUCCAGGUAGACUUUAGUCCACGUUGUUGGACAGGAUUUCUGUGCUUGGCAGGAGUACACAGAACAUGAAAUAUUUCCCUAGGGUGAAAUGCACCCCUGUUUAAGGGGGUUUAAAGGGUGCUUAGUUGGAUUAUUAUUAACUUCUUUUGCUCGCAUGGAAAAUGCGUGCCACAGGCAACUCUUACACCUGGAACACCAGGCUGACUUUUUAAAACCAAAAUUCAGCUGGCAUAGGACAAGUAGCACCACAGUUGUGGUGUAAUCCAGGGGCAUAGGAAGCUGAAUUGGAUGUCUUUCCAUUCUUAAAUAUCUGCAUUGCACUGCUUUUGUCAUUCUGUCUUAGUUUGUGUUUUAACUCGUUUGUUUACUGAGUUCUUUCCUUUUUUUUAUGGUAUUGAAGAGCAAGGGGACAUUUGAAAGGAGAUUUUAUGAAAUGGUUUAUUUUUUUGCAUUAGAUACAUAUUUAGGCAUAUUUUUGCAUUAUUGUACAUACAUUUAAAAAUACUUGGUUUUUUAA